AGUCAAAGCCAAUAUUUUUUUGUCCACAAGCCAGCCUGUUGCUUUUAUUAAUUAAAAAAAAGAGAGAGAAAAAAUCCUUAACUAUUGUUAUUGUUCCAUUUUUUCCAUCGAACGAAAAAGAAAAUGGAAAUCACAAGGAUAUUACCGGAUGAAUGCCAGAGUCUGAUCAUAUCGUUGACUUCACCAGCAGAUGCAUGUCGAUCGGCCAUAGUUUCUCACGCUUUCAAAGCGGUUGCGUACUCUGAUGCAGUGUGGGAAAAGUUUCUGCCGUCUGAUUAUAGAUCAAUCCUUUCAGGAUCAUCAUCAUCAUCAUCAUUGCUUUCUCUGGGAAAGAAGGAUGUAUAUUUUCAUCUCUGUUUCCAUCCCAUUCUCAUUCAAAAUGGUACAAUGAGCUUUCAGUUGAAGAAAGAGAGUGGGAAAAAAUGCUAUAUGUUGGGGGCAAGAGCACUUUCAAUUAUAUGGGGAGAUACACCUUCGUAUUGGACGUGGAAAUCUUUACCCGAGUCCAGGUUCUCAGAAGUUGCUGAGCUCAAACUUGUGUGGUGGCUCGAGGUGAAGGGGAUGAUUGACAUCAGAAUCUUAUCUUCCAAUACAAACUAUGCAGCAUACCUUGUGUUUAAGCUUAGAAACAGGCGUACAAUUGGGUUUAGGCAUAGAGCCGUUGGCUUUCAUAUCAAUGUCGGCGGAAUCACCUCAACGGAAGUGCGGAGGGUGUCGUUAGACCCUUCACAGAAUGAGACCCAACAUGUUCGAGAGAGAGAAGAUAGGUGGAUGGAGGUUGAAAUGGGUGAGUUUUUUAAUGAAUGUGGUGAUGAUGGAACUGUGCAGUUUAGUCUUAGGGAGGUUGAUACAAGUUACUUUAAGCAAGGCCUCAUUAUUGAAGGAAUUGAGCUACGGCCUAAAGAUACUGGUAGCUAGGUAGAUUCUGGAUUUGAGUUUGGUAGGCCUAAAGAUACUGGUAGCUAGGUAGAUUCUGGAUUGGAGUUUGGUAAGCUCAGCCUGUUCGUUGUAUGAAUAAUAUUUUAAAAUUUUCAAGCUGUGUGUUGAUUUAAAA